AAUUGUAUUACAAAAAGCAUUUAAUGAUGCGGGAAUUAAAAUGUUGGCUGUAAAAGAUGAUCACUUUGGUAAAUAUAGACUUAACAUUAAAAAAACAAAAGUGGGAAUUGUGCUUGAUGCAUCAUGUAACGGUUGGAUAAAUGUGUUCGAGAAUUUUCUAAAUUCGAACAAUAGAAGAAUUCAUUGGGUCGUUAAAACAAAUAAUUUAAACUCAACUACGCGAAUUUUAUCCCAAUUGCAACUUAGAAUGGAUUCUAAUGUUUUAUUAAUUAAUAAUAAUAGCACAGGGUUUAAUUUGUACGAAGUUUAUAACACAGGUUUUAAACGAAAUGGAAUUUUCGUUGUGCGUGAUGUAGGAUUUUGGAAUUCAUCUUUGUUUACGCGGGAACAAAGUCGUUAUAAUUUAAAAGGCGCCAUUUUAAAUUGUGUUUCGGUUAUUACCGAACAUUUAAAGAAUGAAACUUAUAUGCAUUUUCUUGAAGCAUCAAGACACGACCGUACAGAUACUUUGCAUAAAUUAAAAUUUUACACGGUCAUCCGUUAUUUACAAGAGAUGUAUAAUUUCAGUGUCAAAGUGCAACGUACCAACUCUUGGGGUUAUUCUUACAACGGCAGCUUUGACGGUCUCAUUGGUGCACUGCAGCGUCAGGAGGCAGAGUUCGGAUGUUCUCCGGUGUUGUUCAAAAUAAAUCGCGCAGAAGUUGUCGAUUAUGUUGUCCCUACGUGGCAGACAAAGCAUACCUUUUUAUUCCGUCAGCCAAAGUACCAAGCGAGUUAUUGCUCGGUAUACACCAGGCCGCUAGAUGUCGCUGUUUGGCGUUGCAUGUUUGGAGUUCUCUUGAUCGCAGGAUUCACUUUGUACUUGAUAUUAAAAAUACAAAGUGCCAAUAUUUUUCUUAAUGGCAGGGAUAUAUCUCUGAGUUUAAUAUGGUUAUUCAUUUGUAGUGCUGUUUGUCAACAAGGUAUGCCGGUGUAUAAAAAUGCAGUUUCCGCGAGAAUAAUAAUGUUUGUAACAUUUAUGUUCUCAAUGAUGAUUUACCAGUUUUACAAUGCGAAUGUAUUGUCGAGUUUGCUCAACGAGCAGUACAACUAUAUACGCAGCCUUAACGACUUGCUGCAGAGCGAUCUGAAAGCCGGCGUCGAAGAUAUGCUCUUCAAUAAAGAUUAUUUUAAGCGCACAACAGAUCGUGUUACGUUAGAUUUAUACAAAGCUAAGAUAGCCACGGAUAAUUACUACAAUUUCUUUGACGCGGAGUACGGUAUGGCACUAGUCAAACGUGGUGGGUUUGCUUUCCACGUGGACACGUCUGCGGCGUACGCUGUUAUGAGGAGGACGUUCUCUGAAAGGGAGAUCUGUGAAGUAGGCGAGGUGCAAUUGUUCCCGCCGCAGUAUGUAGGCGCGGUGGCAGUUAAAGGCUCCCAGUAUAGAGAGUACAUCGCUGUUGGUGUAAGCAAGCUGUUGGAAACUGGUCUGAUGAACAGAAUCAAAUUAAACUGGGAGAGUCGCAAGCCGCCGUGCGUUAAACAACGUUACAGUAAAAUUAUGGCUGUAAACAUUAGAGAAUUCUCUAUGGCCUUAUUAUUUCUUGUAUGCGGGUUUAUAGUGUCUCUGUUCAUUUUAGUCUUGGAAAUCUUUUUUAAAAUAAUAAAAAGACCUCCAAAUGUGGGUACAACAUAUUUAACGAAACGUAUGAAGGUUAAUAGUGUGAAACGCGUUCAUAAACGUCCACUUAGAAAGAUCACAUUUUUAAAUUAAUAUUAAAAAUCAUAUUAUAAAUGCGAAAGUUUAGAUGGGUGGGUG